AUGAGCGACUUCACUGACAUCAAGAUGCUCGGAGCGAAAAUAGGCGUGCAGGUCUUGAGGCUCCAAGAUACGAGGGAGGCCUUUCUCAAGUGGGCCAGAGACAUCGAGGUUAUUGCCAGGGCCAAGGGCCUUGGUUACAUUCUUCGCAAUACGGAGGUCCUUGCCGAGGAACCGCAGAUCACAGACUAUAUCUUUUUUGCAAACGAUACCAUGACCGGUGUGGAGAUGUAUCGCAAGGAACUCGAGGAACACAGGGAUCUGGUACGCCGUUCUCGGUUGGCCCGUUGCCUCCUCGAUUUCUGGGUCGACGAUGCCGUUCGAAAAGCGGUGCACGAUGUCGACGACCCUUACGAUGCUUGGGAUGCGCUGCACGAGACGUUUGGGGUGGCCUUGAAGCGGUCGUCUAAGAAGGAGGAUUGCGGAGCAGAUGCAGGCUUAGCGAAGAUAGAGUGA